CCACACAUAGCAUAUCUAAGCGAAAGUAAACAAAACAUCAAUUUUGGAUGCGCUUGUCUACUACAGUAAUAUCAAUACGACCUAUAUAUUGUUACGUAUAAGUAUUUGGCGUAUUUUAAGUGAAAAUUAUUUCUGAAUUGACAGUCAUUAGUAAACUAUAAGUUAUGCGCAUGAGUAUACGGAUGGUAUAUUCCCAGGACAUGCACGGAUCUUCUUCACUCCAAGUCACCGCAAGAACGCUGUCCUAAGCCAACUUCUGUGCGUGGGUAUUUUAGUGUAAACUUAGCGGAAACAGUGACUGUACAUAGUACGUGCUUUACUCAUGCAAACUACAUGCGAUCAAUGGAGGUUACAAUGGCGCUCUCUCCGUAACUACGACCGGGUUUUGCGAAUAGCUUGAAGGAAUUCAAUUUAUAAUGAUAAUAUCUUGUCAAUGUGUGAUAAUGGAGGUACUAUACAGCUAGCUAACCAGGCACUACUCUGAUUGCAACGCUCUCUUGGUCGUUGUGCAAGUGUAAGAAUACUCAUUGAUGCGUAUAAUUGUACGCCUGUUGACUUGACUGGGAAGGAAUGCUGAGAAAACUGGCAGAUUUCUGAGACACUGAAGUGUCCCCGAGUGGAAACAAUUCUAUUGGAGGUAUUCUAGCGGUUGAAGCAGCCAUGAAGCUUAAGCAACGAUUUGCAAUAUUUGCAACAUUUGUUGGGUUUAUGGUGUUAGGAUCUCUCUGCUAUCUGAGUAUCAACAAUGUUGAACAUGAAGCCGAUUUGUCAAAACGUUUUGGGAAAGGCUUCGAAAAAGACUACAUUCAUCCUCAGACUGUGUACGAUCCAAAUAAAAUUGGUUUCCAGGUUCGUAAAAAAUUGGACAAAAGCGAUUCUCGUUCAGGGUCAACGAAAAAUAGUACUCAAAGACCAAAUAAAGAAAAUGCCUUAAAUAUAGCUAAACUAGAACAAAAGAUAUAUGUUGCGGGUCAAAAGAACCAAUCCAGGCCGCAGGGCUUUCCAGAUGAGGGGAACUUUUUUAAUAUUUAUCACAAAUUUUCUCGUUUUGAUCCACCGGUAUUACCGAAAACUGUAGGCAAGUACAAUGCUUUAUUUAGAGAUCAUCCAAGUCAAAACUUGGCACCUAAGGAAGGAUUUGUCACUCUGUUGAAGCCUCGAAAAUCAAAUAAAGGACGUUAUCGAAUGCGAGUGUGGGAGGAGUUUCAACACAGCAUCAAUCGCUACGAACUGUAUUCCUUCAAUAACUCUCGGAUUGAUCAACUACUUGUGUAUCUAAAGAAACAUCCAAUCUUUGAAGUCGAGGAGAAACAGGGAGGGACUCAAGUGAAACUGGUUAUUGAUUUUGAAGAUGGUGGACAAGCUCUUUGGAAGCCUUGGAAAGUACCAAGGGAAUAUGAAACACUCCCAAAUCACUUUUAUUUUUCCGAUAUUGAAAGACACAAUGCAGAAAUUGCAGCUUUCCACUUGGACAGAAUUCUUGACUUUAGAAGAGCACCACCAGUUACAGGCAGAUGGUUUAAUUUGACAUCCGAAGUGUACGAUCUUGCAGAUUCUUCACUACGCAAGACGUUUUUUAGAUCUCCAGCAAACAAUAUAUGUUUUGUUGGACACUGCUCGUAUUAUUGUGAGACAGAAACAGCUGUAUGUGGGAAACCGGAUAUGUUGGAAGCUUCAGUCGCAGCCUACUUGCCACCAUUCAAGAUGGCUCCUCGUAAAACGUGGCGACACCCAUGGCGCCGAUCAUAUAGUAAACAUAGAUCAGCGGUGUGGGAGCAUGAUCCAAAUUUCUGCCAGAAAACUGUGAUGACGAAACAUCCUUACAAUUCUGGUCGGCGCCUAUUGGACUUAAUGGACAUGUCGGUGUUUGAUUUCCUAAUCGGGAACAUGGACCGUCAUCAUUAUGAGACAUUUGAGUAUUUUGGUAAUUACACAUACCCUAUCCAUCUGGACCAUGGAAGAUCGUUUGGGAAGCAUAGCCAUGAUGAACUAUCAAUUUUAGCACCACUAUUUCAAUGUUGCCAACUUCGUUUAUCAACUUACAGAAGAUUAAUCAUUUUAUCGAAAGAAGAGUACAAACUUAGUGACGUGAUGCGGGAAUCGUUAUCACAUGAUCAGAUCACACCUGUUAUACUUGAGGCACAUCUCGAGGCUCUUGACCGUCGUCUUGGCACCAUACUACGAACCAUUAACCAUUGUGUCCAGAAGAUGGGCGAAGAAGACGUCUUGAAGCCCGAGCCUACCUUUGAAUCGUACCAGGACCCACCAAAAUUUAACUCAGAUGCAGAUGAAUUCUAUUAAGCAUGUCUAGUGGAAGUUGCUGAAGGUGAUGAUGAACCUUCCUUUUAUUGUACCCAAUUCCACUAAGCGCCUCAAAUGCUGUUUUGCAAGUCUCACUACGUUGGCAUCAUCAAAAACUAUCUUUCUGCAGAUAUGCUUUGAGCAUUCAUGAAAUCUUCAGAGAAUCUGAAGGGAUAUUACAGUACUGAUUAAUAAAAUAAGAACUUUCAAGUAAUAUGUUUUCUUUUUUUAUAAUUGUGUUAAGAUUGAAUAAUUAUAUUUUUGAUGAAAAAAGUUUUUACUUUUACAUUAUGUUCUGACAAAAUUAUAUACAUUUCAAAUUUGUUAUAGUUUGCUUAAUUGGUAGUAGAAUAGAUUUCAUUUCUCGCAUUAUAUUUAGGUUUAUAUGCUGAAUUUGAACAAAUUUAUAUAAAUAUAUAUUACAUUUAUUAUUAUAUAUAUCCUGUCUUUCAUUUUCAAUGACAGACAUUAUAUUUGUCUUUCACUUUACCAACCCCCAACCUUUUUAGCCAAAAUCUUUUUUAUACCUUGUAUUAAACAAACUUUAAAUGUGUAAGAUGCUUCAGAGGAUGGGAAAACAAUUUGUUUUAGUAAAAUAGUUUUUGCCAAAAUUAUCUAGACGGAGAAAAAAAUUAAAGUUUAUUGACAAAAAAAAAAAAACCAAAUGUGAGUGACAUGUAUGAGGUAAAAAUAAUUAGUGUACGGAACUUUUAGGUACUCGCUCAAAAUUUUAUCUUGUCAUCGUAAAGAUUAUGUGUUGCAAUGAAACAAUUUAGAUCAAAUUGGUUAAUGCUGUACUGAAUUUUAAAGGGGUGGAUUUUACAAUUGAGCCUGUACUCAGAAUGCAAGUUAGGGCUAGCUAGGCCUCAGUAAUAAGCUCAUCUUAGGAUCUUCGGCCUAAAAGCAGUCAGCUCUGCCUAACAUUAGCAUAUUUGUACUGAAUUAUUGUGCAAUUUAUGUCAUACUCAGAGUAAUUGUUAUGUAAGACAUUUAAACAUAACAUGAAGAUAUUUGAAUUUAUACCUCUGAAGUUAGGGAUUUUGUAUGAAGAUUAAGUUAUGGGGUGGAUA